UAAGCAAAUUCUGUUUCCACUGGGUUUUAGCUUCUCACUCAUCUUCUUCAUCUCUCACUCUUCACAAGGGUUUUACUGCUACUUUCUCUCUCUCUCUCUCUCUAGGGUUUCGAUUCACCAUGGAUAGGUACACUAAGGUCGAUCAGAAGAAACCUGAUAUUCCUAUCAGCCAAAAUGAGAUCAGAAUCACCUCUCAAGGCUUAGUUCGUAACUACAUCAGCUACGCUUCCACUCUUCUUCAGGAGAGACGUGAGAAAGAAAUUGUCUUGAAAGGAAUGGGACAGGCAAUCAGCAAGACAGUAGCUAUUGCAGAGAUCGUUAAGAGAAACAUUCCUCGCUUGCAUCAAGAUACGAGCAUCUGCUCAAUAAGCAUAACUGAUGUAUGGGAGCCGAAUGAAGAAGGUCUUCUGCCUGUGGAGAUGACUCGCCAGGUGUCUAUGAUUUCCAUUACCUUGUCUACUAAGGAGCUAAACAAGGAUUCACCAGGGUACCAAGCUCCACUAUAUGUGGAGCGAUCAAAGCCUCAGUAUAACGGUUAUCAGAGACAGCAGCCGAGACAGACACAACGAUCAUACAAUGAAGAGCCAUAUGGCGGUAACUAUCAUGGAAAUAGGGGUCGUGGUCAAGGCGGUGCAGUAAGAGGCCGUGGCUGGAACAGGGGUGGUGGCUACGGAAACGGUGGCUAUGGGAAUGGUAGCUAUGGGAAUGGUGGCUAUGGGAACGGUGGCUAUGGGAACGGUGGCUAUGGAAAUGGUGGCUAUGCGAAUGGUGGUUACGGAAGCUAUCAACGCGGGGAUGGGUACAGAAACUACCAAGGCGGCAGGGGACCGGGGAACUACCGAGGUGGCAGGGGGUAUGGGAACUUUCAAGGUGGCGGCGGCGGUGAAUAUGGUAACUACCACGGAGGUGGUGAAUACAGAAACUAUCAAGAUAACAAUGGUUAUUCGAACCGCAGUCGAGGUGGUGGUCGUGGAGGAAACGCAGGCUAUCGUGGAGGUGGGUACAUGAGAGGCGGUAGGGGUGGCGGAAUGAAUGGAAGAGGUGGUAGGGGAAGGAUGGGCGGGGCGGAGUAGUAGCCGGGUGUGUGUUGCUCUCUUGCUAUAUAUAUAAUAUGCAUGCUUGCCUUAAUGUUGGGAGUUUGUUUAAAGAAGAAUUAAAAAGUAAUGGGGGUUGUUACUUCAUUCAGCUAAGGGUGGUUUAGUUAGUAGUAAUUAGUGAUUUAGGACUACUAAUGUCUUCUUUUUUAUUCCCUAUUUUGGUUUUUGGGUAAGCUGACUUAUUAUAUCUGCUAUUGUUAUAGCAAAAGAAGCAAGUUUAUUAGGUGCAGUUUGUUUUGGUAUAUUCUGGAUUAUGCUUUUUCUUGUAUAUGCCCAUAUAAGGUUAACUUUUUUUUUUUUAUUUGUU